UCCUGCUUGUUUAACAAACGCCAAGAAAAUUUAAAGGCUGUUUGAUGGUUGACCAUGGUAAUAUCUUCUUCUGUCUACUUCGAGGGCCCCAUUCAUAUCAGGAUCAAAUCGAAGAAACCUGCCAAUUAUUUAAGCUUUACAAAGUGAAGAGAUUGAUUGGCAUUUUAAGAUCGUGAUGCGAGUCCCAAAUGCCUUCAUUGUCAACUUUUAUAUGUUCCUCUUCCUUAGUUUCCCUGAAGACCUGUAAUCAAACCCAGUUAAAGAAGCCUGUAAACAAUGCUCCACCAUUGACACUCCCUCUAGCAGAGGAAGUCUUUCUAAAUUCAUCUUCAUCAGUUCGUUUACUCAAUUCAUGUGCUGCUGAGAGGAACUUGAAGAUUGGGCUUGGCAUCCAUGCUGGUGUUUUGAAGUCUGGCCUUGCUCCUUACACCUUUGUGGCUAAUGCUCUCUUGGAUUUUUACUCAAAAUGUGGGCAACUGGAAGAUGCAUUUAAGGUGUUUGAUCUAAUGCCUGUUAAAACAAUUGUGUCAUGGACUUCAAUGAUGUCAGGAUGCUGCCAGAAUGGAUCUGCUGAUGCAGCAAUUUCAAUUUUUCAGCAGAUGUUAUCAGAAAACAUGCAACCCAAUGAGUUCACCUUUGCAGUUCUGCUACAAGUUUGUGGGCAGACUCGAGACUUGAAAUUGACAGAGAUGAUUCAUGGUAAUCUCAUUGUAAAUGAGUUAAUUGAACAUCAGUUCUUAAAAUAUUCUAUGGUUGAUGCAUACUCGAAAUGUGGGCUUUCAUUGGCUGCUGAGAAAUUGAUAAAGAAAUCAUGUUGUAGAGAUGUGGUUUCUUGGACUAUGGCAAUUUCUGGUUGUGUUCUCAAUGGAUUGAUUGAGAGGGCCUUCGUUUUGUUUUCUGAUAUGCUAGCAGAUGGGGUUGCACCAAAUCGAGUAACAUUUCAGAGUAUGAUUCAAGCUUGUUCUUUGCUGAACAGAUGGUUGGUCUCUAGGUGUAUCCAUGGUUUUGUUAUAAAAUCACAACUUUAUAUGGAUACUCUUGUGACAAAUUCUCUGAUACAAAUGUAUUCUAACAAUGGUUAUUAUGAAGAAAGUAUUAAGAUUUUUUGGGAGUUCUGUUUCAGGGGUGAUGGUCCUUAUCUUAGACCAGAGACAAUGGCUACACUUCUUCAAGGGUGUGGGCAUUUAAACUGUUUAAGGCAAGGCAAAGAAGUACAUGGCUACUUGAUCAGACACAGGUUUUUGCCCUGCAUUGUGGUGGAGAAUUCCCUCGUGGACAUGUACGCUGAAAAUAAACAAGAUCAUUUGGCGUUUCGAAUAUUCGGCAAGAUGAAUGAAAAGGACAUAAUUUCCUGGAAUACCUUGAUCUCAUGUCUUGUGAAAAAUGGAUGUCCCUCAGAAGCAUUGAUGCUGCUUGGCAAAGUUCACAGCAACGAAGGCGAAGGGGUUGUCCCUGAUUCUGUCACUGUUUUGACAUCACUCCAAUCUUGCUCAGAGCUAGCAUCAUUCGAUAUGGGCCAAGUCAUGCAUGGCUACAUUACUAGGUCUGGCUUUGGGAAUGAUAUUUUCAUUGGCAAUGCCCUUGUAACCAUGUAUGGAAAAUCAGGCAGGAUAUGCUAUGCUAAGAAGGUAUUUGAAGAGAUGCCCACGAAAGAUACAGGUUCUUGGAAUGCAAUGAUAGCAGCAUAUAGGAUCAAUGGAGAUGGGAUAUCUGCUUUACAAACUCUUGGAAGGAUGAGGAAAUUGGGUAUUUAUCAGCCAAAUGCAGUCACAUUUGUCAAUGUUUUCUCAGCCUGUAGUCAUUCAGGAUUGGUAGAGGAAGCCUUUGAGUGCUUCAGUAAGAUGGAUGAAGAAUAUGGAGUUCAGCCAAGUAUGGAACAUUAUGCAUGCAUGGUUGACCUUCUGGGAAGACAGGGUCGACUUGAUGAAGCAGAGGAUUUCAUAAAGAAGAUGCCUUUCAGGCCUGGCCAAUCUGUGUGGGGAGCUUUACUAGGUUCUUGUGGGCUAUCAAGAAAUGUUGAAGUUGCUGAAAGAGCUGCAAGUAAACUCUCCAUUUUGGAGCCUGAGGGAAAAGUCUGGAGAGUGACAAUGUCAAAUGUUUAUGCAGGAGUUGAGAGAUGGGAGGACGCCGUGAAGUUGAGACUGGAAAUGAAGCAUGGUCAGGGUCUAAGAAAGGACCCUGGAUGGAGCGGCAUAGAAGUUAGGGGGGUUAGCUAUAGAUUUGUUGCAGGGGAUACAAGGCAUCCUGAGAGCGAGAAGAUUUACAAGGUACUAAAAGUGACGAAGGAACACAUUCAGACCGUCAUUCAUGCUCAUGAAAUCCUCGCCUCUCAGGAUUGAACGUCUAGCAGACUCGGAUUCAGAACAUGAGAUUUGGAAACCUUUUUUUCUUUCUGGUCCUCUUCCCUCGUCAAUCUUAGCACUUCCUUUUGUCAUUCGGCGUAACUCAGAUUGCUCAUCAGAGUUGAUGUCUAUUGCUUUGUUUGAAUGCACAAAGUUGGUAACUAACGAAGCAUCAA